UUUCAGCUUAUUAUCACCCAUUUCACAAAGCAUAAUUGUUCAAUUGUUGUCAAAUGAUGAACCUUCAGAUGAAGCGCCUUAACCUAGGUGUGUAUCCAUAGGUGAGGAUUUUUAUGGGACAUCUGAAAGGGGGAAAAACUUGUGAUCAGGAUGGUGGGCUCCAGGAAUCUUUCUGUAGCAUCUAUGUGAAGGGUUCAGAAAAAAAUCAAGUUAGCCUUUUGUAUUUGUUUCCAAUUUUUGUUUGCAUUUGGAUAGUUGAACAUUCUAAUGACUAAAGCAUGAUGAGACAGGGAUUUAUAUUUGAAUGUUGGUGGAAUUUUAGAUCAAUCACCAGUGCAUUUUAUAGAACUGUCUUUGAUUAUCAGAAAUGAUUAAUUUUGUAGGUAGAUUUCUAUGGCCAUAACUUCCAUUAGUGUGAAGUCAUUUAUUUAUUUGAGAAAGAACCAUGUAUAUGUGACAUUUUCUGUGAUUCGUGUUUUUAUUUUUUGCUCUUUGCAAAUGGAAGCUCCACGUCUUUUGCAAGCUGACAAUGUCACAGUACGUUCGUCGCCAGGUGCUGCUUGUAGCAUCACAUGUCACUAUCAAGUUCACUCCACUUGUUUUCAUCUGCAGCACAUGAGCUGCAUUGCUUAUCGUGCUAAUAAUUCCCAUAUAUAUUGCACUGUCUUUAUUCAGUGACCUCCCUGCUUUAGUCUAUUUUCAGUUACCUCCCUCCAUGGAUAGAGUUCCAUCCUCUCCUCCUAAAGAAGUCUGGCCCGGAAGACCUCCAGGACGUUAUGGGGGUGUUUGGAGGAGGGAAUGGGGUAAAUGGGUUGCUGAAAUAAGGGUCCCAAAGACUGGAAAAAGAAUAUGGUUAGGAUCUUAUGCUGCACAAUACUGUAUUCAUGGGGAAUGUGGUCCAUUCAAUUUUCCUACUGAAAGGUGGCCGACUCUGCUGGAGGGUUUUAUGCAUUUCUUUUCCGAAACAGAAGUCAAAACCAUUGCAAGUGACUUUUCUUUAGCACAUGAAGCAGUGUCAGGUUUAGAUCCGUUUCCUGCUUCAGUUAAUUUAAAUGUUCCUAGCGCAACAGGAAGGGCAGAUAAGAUUGAUCAAUCUGCCAGUCUAACAGGAUCGGUCUAUGGUUUCAUUGAAAAUCUAGAGCUGGAUGAUUUCCUCAUGUUUGACUUGGAAUGGUUGAGUGAUCUAUCCUAAAGGGCUCUGCUUUUAUACUUUUAAUAUACUUAGGGUGUGUGGCCAGCUAUGGUAAAUAAUCACCUGUGUAAUAUCUUAUUAGAAAAGUUUAUCUAGAAGUCAAAAUUUGUCGUGAUGUCAGUAUAUAUCGUAUUGUCUGUUACAAUAAGUUUGGACAUUUCAAUGUGUAUGUGAAACUAGUGUAGUUUGUAAUGCUUAAAUGUGAUCUCUGCUGUGUUAUAUAUGCGAUUCACAACAGUAUGCCGUCUCUCUUCAUUAGAUUGCUCAGCAGUCAAUUUGCAUGUAAGCACCUGCCGUCCUCUUUACCUACUUUUUUGGAGCCCUCUCUGUUUCUAGUCAUAUUCAGUUGGAUUUGAUUUAGAUUGUGCUUCUCUCUUGAUUGCAUAUGGCUUUGACAGAUUUUGUGGGUUUGUAUUUUGGUUCAGAUUUCCUCAGUUGCCACCAGAUUUUGUGUGGAGUAGAUAUACAUUGUCUUAAUUAUAUUAGGUAUUUGCCGAUUCUGUAUAUGGCAUAGAAUCUGUGAUCUUUAUUGUGUUUGGUAUUUGCUUGAUCUCUAAUGUGGUAUGUGCGCAUUAACAGAAACUUCAUUGUGAAGAAGUGAGUGAAAAAAAUGCUUUGUUGGUCUUAUGGUCUAUGGGAUUAUUGAACUAGAACUCUUUUCCAUUACAGUUUGUGACUUAAUGUUUGUCCUUUUAUGUCAAUCCAUGAAGGGAGCUUCUUCUUAUGAAUCCUAUCUUCAUUUUUUCCCUGUCGGGUUUUUUUUUUUUGUUUUAUUUUGCUUUUGCCUUUGGUUAUUGUUGCGAAGAUCCCACACAUCUUUUAGAGUUCCCUUUCAAUUACAGG